UUUGAAUAAAAUAAAGCUGCAAAAGAGACACGUGGAAAAAACCCACCUAAGCUUUAGGAAUACUAUUCUGCCAUGGCCUGUAGAUGUUUGGCGUAAACUUUUACGCAGCUUUUUUAUGGAUGAGCAAAUAUUGCAGCAGUGCUCUUCCACUGCUGCCUGGUUACACCGGGAGAGGAUAUGGGUGCAACUAAAAGGCUUUCUGUGGGGAAACCUGUUGGGGCUGCUGCAGUGGACUGGAGCGCCUGCGCGUAAAGGGGGAUUUAUUCCAAUCAGUGGGUUUGCAAAAAGAUAACGGACUAAGCUGCCUUGGUGUGUUUUAUUACUAAUUUAUUUUUAUUUUAAUCGGUAUGAUGACAUCAUUUUUAGUAAUAUUUGACAGUGUGAAGGAGGACUUAAAUGCGAGCCCGCCCUCUCAGGUUUUAGUCUCUGCUCGCCCAGCUCUCCUACAGAAGCUUCAUGAAAUGCGGAAUCAGUGCCCUGCGGACCUGAGGCGGAGCGCCGUGCAGAAAAAAGCUGCUGAAUCCCGCAACUAAUCCCCCACACUCGAUGGUUUCGGCGCUCUGACCACCCUGUCGCAGAAGCAGGUUGAGCUACAGUGAAAUCAGACGGGUUUCUCCAUGCAAGCCGCGGAUCCAGAACCGGGGAUGACGGGAACCGCUGCACCCAAAGCCCCGGCCUCACCGCGCCAGCCCCCAGGUGAACGCGCAGCCGGUGCGCUGUGGGCGUUUGGAAAAUCCCUCGCUGCGCUUUUACCUGUCUACCUGGCAGGUUAUUACGGCUUCAGCAUCAGCAUCGUGCUGUUCGGGCUGAUGAUCUACAUGGGAUGGAAGCACAGCCGCCUGGAGAAAGAGAUGAGACUCAAGUCUUCUAUGUUCCUCCUGGAAAACGAGAAGGAAUACACCACUGAGAGAGCUUUCAGGAGCAAAAGGGAUUUACCUCCAUGGGUCAAUUUUCCAGAUGUGGAAAAAGUAGAGUGGCUGAAUAAGAUCCUGCAGCAGGCUUGGCCCUUUGUCGGACAGUAUCUGGAAAAGCUGCUGGUGGAAACCAUCGCUCCUGCCAUCCGAGCGUCCAGCAUUCACCUGCAGACUCUGAACUUCACUAAGGUGAACCUGGGAGAAAAGGCCAUGAAGUUGGUGGGUGUAAAGGCCCACACUGAGCUUGAUAAGAGGCAGGUGAUGCUGGAUUUGUACCUGAGCUACGCUGGCGAUGUUGAGAUAAAUGUGGAAAUCAAAAAGUAUUUCUGCAAAGCAGGAGUGAAAGGAGUCCAGCUCCAUGGAAAGCUGCGUGUGAUCCUGGAGCCGCUAAUAGGAAAUUUGCCGCUGAUUGGAGCUGUCACAAUGUUCUUCAUUCGCAGGCCUAAACUGGAGAUUAACUGGACUGGACUCACUAAUCUGUUGGAUAUACCUGGUCUAAAUGCCAUGUCAGACACAAUGAUAAUGGAUGCUAUAGCUUCUCAACUGGUGCUUCCCAAUCGUCUCACCAUCCCGCUGGUGGCCGACCUGCUCGUGGCGCAGCUUCGCUCCCCUCUCCCAAGGGGAGUGGUUCGUAUUCACCUGCUGGAGGCUGAGGACCUGACCGCCAAGGAUACGGUCAUCAAGGGCUUAAUUGAUGGGAAGUCAGACCCGUAUGCCGUGCUGCGUGUAGGAACACAGAUCUUCACCUCUCAUCAUGUUGAUAGCAACCUGAACCCACAGUGGAGAGAGAUGUAUGAGGUGAUUGUCCAUGAAGUGCCUGGUCAGGAGUUGGAAGUGGAAGUGUUUGACAAAGACCCAGACCAGGAUGACUUCCUGGGGAGGGUAAAAGUUGAUCUUGAUAUUGUGAAGAAGGCCAGAAUCGUGGAUGACUGGUUUAAUCUGAAGGACGUCCCAUCUGGCAGCAUUCACCUGCGGCUGGAGUGGCUUUCGCUGCUGUCCUCUGCUGACAGACUGAGUGAGGUGAUCCAAAAGAACCAAAACCUGACCACUAAGACGACCGAUCCUCCAUCUGCUGCCAUCCUUGCUAUAUAUCUUGACCAAGCUUAUGAGCUGCCUAUGAGGAAAGGGAACAAGAACCCAAGUCCAAUGGUGCAGAUUUCCCUCCAGGACACGACCAAAGAGAGUAAAACGUGCUACGGGACCAACAGCCCUGUGUGGGAGGAUGCUUUUACCUUCUUCAUCCAGGAUCCUCACAAACAAGACAUCGACAUUCAGGUGAAAGACGACGACCGCUCCUUUUCAUUGGGCAGUCUGAAAAUCCCCUUGAGCCGCCUGCUGGAUUCUCCCGAACUAACGUUGGAUCAGUGGUUCCAGCUGGAGAACUCUGGUUUAUCCAGUCGCAUCUAUUUCAAAGCUGUACUUCGGAUACUGUGGCUCAGUGAUGACACCACUCCCACAACUCCGUCUCCUCGUCCAUCAUCCUCCGGAUCUGGAACAGGCCAGGGAGAAAUCACAUCAGACCUGAACCUUAUGUGGCCAGGCGGUCUCUCUAAAACUCAGCCAACGCGACCACAGAACACCACACCUGAUCCAGAGUUUGCAACUGAGGGAGUUUUACGAAUCCACCUUGUGGAGGCCCAGAACCUGAUAGCCAAGGACAACUUCAUGGGAGGCAUGGUGAAAGGGAAGAGUGAUCCCUAUGUCAAGAUCCGUGUUGCUGGUAUAACUUACCGCAGCCACACCAUCAAAGAAAACCUCAACCCUGUCUGGAACGAGCUUUACGAGGUGAUUUUGACCCAGCUUCCAGGUCAGGAGAUCCAGUUUGAGCUGUUUGAUAAAGACAUCGAUCAGGAUGAUUUUCUUGGCAGGUUCAAGCUUAACCUGAGAGACAUCAUCAGUGCACAAUUCAUCGAUACGUGGUACACUCUUAAUGAUGUGAAAUCAGGUCGGGUUCACUUGGUAAUGGAGUGGCUGCCCAGAGUCUCUGACCUUGUCAGACUGGAGCAGGUCCUGCAGUAUCAGUCGCAGCAGUCUUACCAAAACAAGGUUGUGCCCUCAGCGGCCAUGCUGUUUGUGUAUGUGGAGCGUGCACACGGCCUGCCGCUGAAGAAGAAUGGAAAGGAGCCGAAGGCUGGAGUCGAGCUCAUACUUAAAGGGGUUUCAUGCAAAACCAAAGUUUACGAGCGAUCCACAUCUCCCCGAUGGGACGAAGCUUUUCACUUUUUGGUUCGUGAUCCGAGAGAUGAAAUACUCACGGUCAAGCUCUCCCACAGCUGGGGGCAGGCUCUUGGGUCCUUGGCACUUCCCCUGAGGGAGGUGUUGUCCGAGCCGGACUUGAUUCUGGAUCGCUGGCUCAAUCUGGAUGGAGCUCUGCCAGAGAGCCAGAUAUUACUGAGGAUUACACUCAAGGUCUUGGACACUCAGUUAGCGGUGUGUCGUGGGACUCCUGUUGGGGAAGUCAGGGUAGAUGAAGUUGUCCCCAGAUGGGAUCCUUCUCAUCUGGACCUCAAACACAGAAGUGGAUUCUCCAUGGCCAAUGAAAACGUAAACUCCACUAGCCAGGUGAAGCUCACCAUCGGCUACUCUGCAGAGGAAAACAGGCUCUUCAUCACUGUUCACUCCUGCAGAGCUUUGGCUGCCUGCUCCAAAGACGGCGCUGACCCGUACGUUUCCUUCAUCCUACUGCCUGACAAGAAGGCCACCACCAAGAGAAGAACCGCCACCAAGAAGAGGGACCUGAACCCAGAGUUUAAUGAGAGGUUUGACUUUGAGUUUUCCCUGGAGGAAGCCAUGCAGAAAAGACUGGACCUGAGUGUGAAGCACAGUGUCUCCUUCAUGAGCAGAGAGAAGGAGCUGAUUGGAAAGGUUCAAGUGGAUCUGGACCAAAUUGACAUCAAGACCGGUGUCACAAAAUGGUACGAUUUACAAGCAGAGAGCAACUAGAUGAAUCUGAUCUUCAGCACUGUACAACAUUGUCUUGCUUCUGUGAUCUGUGAAUUCUGCAUUUUAUUCAGCUUCAAUUAAAUAUUUCACCUUCAUUUAAGACGCAGCAAAAUGUGAUCAUCCGUAUUUAUGAUGAAAAAAAUCUUUACAUGUUGCUCCACCAUCGUGACGCAUUUAAAUGCGCUGAAUCUACUCUGUGCUGGACAGAUAUUUUAGCUGAUUAGGUAUUUGGUAAUUAUGCAACUGUGUUGCAUGACUAACCAACGUUAUAUGUGUUUAAAAGCAUGUAGAAGUCUUUGAACUUUAGUAUAAAAAAAAGCCUUAUAUUUAUGGAUUCACAGCAUCCAGCACAUUGGAAAGAAAAUUUGUUUUUAUUUUAACAGUUUUAAAAUAUUCCAACAUGAUUUUGUUUCUAUCAUUGCCUUAACUAUUACAACACUGUGCACAAUUUACUUGUGUUUUUGAAAUACGCUUCCAUGUUUUCUAUGUUUUUAAUGCUAAUUUCAUGAAUUCACUUCUUACAAAACUUUUGACCCUCAUGUAAACCAGCAGGAUGAUACUGUAAUUAGAGUCGAAAUCACUGUGCUUUUAUGGAGACAUACAUUUAUAGAAACACAUUGCUGGUGUGACAGCAAACAAAUGCUUCUCGGUGUGUUGAGUGUUUGUCGUGCUGUUGCUCUCAGCAGUGUUUAUAUUUUUUCACGUAGAGCAGUAAUGACCUACUGAGGGCCGUGCUAGUGUUCACACUGUGGAACAGAGAUGUGAACAAUGAUCUGCAGUAAUGACUGAAAUGUUUUGUAGAGUGUCAAAAGUAAAGCGCAGAGUGGUUCCCACACCUUAUAGCUUCCAACCUCCUAAAAGAUGGAGAGACUUAUAAUCCCAUCAGUACAACCAUCGCUAAUAACACACUGGCAUGAUGAAAACACAAACAGCCUCAACAUCCAUUAUACUAUUUAUAUGGAUUUUUGACAACGGUUUUUAUCUCUUGAAACAAUUAUGGGUAAUAUGUGCCACUAGCAGUAAUUUGUAUGUUUUUUAAUUUCUGGAAAUCAUUGCAAGACUCCUACUUUGACCCCAGCUUUGGGAACCACUGCUUUGACAUACUUGGAACAUGUCGUUGUGUACCAGCUGAAGUUGUUUAUUAAAGUUUGCACUCAUGAAGCAAAGCAAA